UCUGAUGAACGAAAAAUCAAUGGAAUUUCUGUGUGUCACCUAAAGUAAUUGUUCUUGAUUGGAGAAUUGUCCUGAUUUUGCAAGCAGGUAGGACUUAGGAGGAUAUGCUGCUGCUCUUCUUCACCGCUCCCCUACGCUGAAGCGGCUAGUAAUCGGAUCUUCAUCGUGAAAUGGCGAAGAGCAUCUGGACAGGCCUUUCUCCGGCUCCGGCACUUCCGCUUCAAGUUUCCCGGCCGAUAGUUGCGCCGCCCUCAUCGUGUUCAUUUCGCCCUAGCUCCUUGAGAAUGAGAAUCCACGCUUCUUUUCACAGUUACCCUCUUGCCAGCAAGAUUAUGGUUAGCAAUUUGCCAUACACCACUGAUGAAAACUGUUUGCUGAAGGAAUUUUCAAAAUUCGGUCAGAUAGCUGAAGUUAAGAUUGUCAAGGAUAAAGGAUCAAAGACAUCAAGGGGAUACGCAUUUAUCCAAUACACAUCUCAAGAACAUGCCAUGCUCGCCCUAGAACACAUGGAUUCCAAGUACUUCGAUGGCAGGGUAAUCCGUGUAGAUCUAGCGAAGCUCCGGAAAAAGGAUUUCGGUGGUUAUGUAAAGACAUGCGGCCCCCCUUCAAAAACAAAAACAUCGCCUACACACGAGGAGAAUCAAUAAGCUAAGCUUUGGACCGGUGCUGUAAACAUCUUUCUUCUGAUCCUUUUCAUGGCAGUUAACCUGCAGCCUACUCCAGCAUCAGUGUUGAGCAUAUAAUAUAUGCAGUCCAACUAUCUGUUUAGGCAUUUAGUUGAAAUGGAGCACAUGUUUAAAUUUGGUAUCAGAGCUAUCCCUGCUUUUCUUAGAUUUUUAGUUUAGAUGGAGCACAAUCAACACAUGCUUCAAUUGUAGUACAAGUUUUCUUCCAGGUUUUGAAUUGAAUACUGGACUUUGUUUAAAUGCACAGUAUAGUGUAUACAGGCAUGCUUCAAUUAUGGAGCUAUGUAAAUGCACAGUAUAGUGUAUACAGGCAAGCUGAAGUUAAAUUAGCUACCUUUCCACUUUAA